AGGUACCUCUGUGGUUUUCCAGUGUCUGGAAUAUACUCUACGUGCUGCCACUGUCAAGUAAAUAAAAAAAUCCAUUUUUUUUCUUGUUCUUCAUCUGGCGUAUUCAAAAGUGAAGGCAACAGGGAAAAUUAGCAGAGAGCAAAGUAAGGACAAAAAUCAACAUUUUUUCAGUUAUGAAUUCAACAAACCAGACUCCAAGCGAUGAGAGCAAUUUCAUACAGAUAUUAGUAACUGCGAAAGCAGGCCUGUAUUUUGUUAAUUUCAUCUUCAUUACUGCCAUGGGUAUAUUAAUAAUAAAGACUGUGAGACAAAACUCUAACAUGAAGAAAGAAAUUAGAUACAUUCUCCUAUGCCACCAUCUCCUCUGUUCAUCAUUAUCUUGUUGCUUUGGCACAAUGUUGAACGCAGUGCAGAAUGCCAAAGUGCAGACAUUCUGGAUAUGGAUAAUCUUUGGAGUACAAACAGCCGUCGGAGAAUCAGUCCUCAUAACUUUGGCUCUCAUGGCUCUUAACACUUGUUUUGCAGUUUGCCAGCCUUUGAGAUACUUUGCGUUGGUGCACUCAUUCAAAAACAAAGUUAUGGUUUCCAUUUGGGUUGUGACAAUGCUCAAAGCUUUAUGCUUGAUACUGGUGGAACGUACAGAGAAGAAUCCAAUGGACAUAUACAAAGCAGAGGCGUCUUGCCCAACUAUCCUGGGUGGUAAUUUUGCUACAAUAUCUGGAAUUAUUCUAAUUUCACUUCUUGCAGCCACCAUAAUAAUAAGUUACUUCUUCCUAUGUAGAGAAGGAAAGAUCGCCGGUCAUUUUAAUAAUUCUAAUAAGAAAGCUAGAAAAACAAUAAUUAUUCAUGCUUUACAAAUGAGCUUUCAUAUUCUUCCCCCUUUAAUCAUCACAGCUAUUGGAAAAGAAGCAAAACACACAAACAUAAGAUUUGGUGCUUUUGUUGUUUUCUGCUUUGCACAAAGCUUCAGCCCUAUAGUUUAUGGGCUGCGUAACAAAGAACUGAAGGACAAAAUGUGUAUCAGACAGGAUCGAUGUCAAUAUAGUAACUAUUCAGUCAAUAACAAUAACAUCCCACCAGAGGUUUUCAUCACUGAAUGUUCAGCAGACAGAAAUGCCAUUUGUCAGUGUACUUCAGAAGGGCCUCAAAGGCAAUGAAUGCUACAUCUGCUCUUCAGGGUCCUUAAGUUUCUAAAUAAUGUAUCUGAAUAAAAAAAAACUUUGGGAAAACAAACAAAAAAUGUAUCCAACAUCAAGCUCAUUUGACUGAAUAUAUCAGCCUUUUUAUGCAGAGUUGGAAUCUUCAGCACUAUAUUCUCUACCUAAAAGAAUACCAAUGGCACUACGUAACAUGAUUUUUGUUCUGCGUUGAUAAAUGUCAUUUCUUAAUUGAUUCUAUCAUAAAAACAUGGACAAAUUGUAUUAAACUACAGGGACAUCCUGCAGCACAUUUUUCCUAUAGUCUUUCAAUAAAUAUCUCAUAGAAUCUCAACCAAUUCAAAAUAGUUUGUGGCAGCCACAAAAACAAAGUUUUUGGAUAUCCUAGGAAAGGGUUAAAACGCCUGUGGUGUUUGUUUUGCUGUCUGUGCCCCUGUUCAGUAGAUUUCACCUCACUUUCUGUCACUGUGAUAAUUGGAUUAUGAAAAAAUUGGCUUGUUGUGGAGACAAGGAUUGGUAAUAAACCUUUUCCCCGUGAUAACUCUUUCCCUUCCUAGGGGUAGAUUCUUUCUUACUUCCUGUUGUCUCACUCCCAUUCUUAACUUUGAGUCGGAUGUAAGUCAGAUGUUUGCAACUUAGGAGUGCCUGUCCUUGAGCAUCUCUUAUCCUCAACAGAUUAACAGAGACUCUAUGGUGCUGGUGGAAGAAGUGGGGGCAUGAAGGGACACUGUAUCAUCUUAACUCAAUUGCAGCCACUACAACAGUACUGUAGUCAUUCGAGCCACUGGAUCAAUACUCACACAACUCUCCACCUUUGCAGAUUAACUUUCGCAGGUUUGAUUAUUCAUGGAUUUGAUUAAUAUGGUCUAAGGAUCUCUAUGUCCUCCGGGUGAUUUUAUCAUUGAAUUCCACCAGAAAUUGACCAUAGAAUCAUCCUGGAGGAUUUAGAGUUUCCUUGAAAGAAAACUUCUCUAGACAUUUUUUGGUCAUCCAAUGCAAUUCUGGUGAAAGUUGGCCAUUGAGCUGUGCUGGAGGCUCUAGAGAUUUCUAGAGAGGUGUUUACAUGUUUUCCAUUUUCCUACAAGUUCCCUGUCCCUAACUACAGCAAAUGUGGAAGACCUUCUUUGUGUUUCAAGUAUUUGAAUAGGAUAUCCAUGCUGUUUCCACUUUCGUUUGCAGAUAAGAGUUUUGUAAAGUCAGCACAAACAUUCAUAUUCCUUUCAUUCCAAAUAAAUAUUCAAAUAUUAUGGAAUUUUCAUAAUAUUGUAAAAUGUAUAAUAUAAUAUAUACAUUUUUGCCAGUAUUUUACCUGGUCAGCUUUUUACACUUUUGUACACAAUAUUCUCUAAAGCACAUAUUUUGAUAACUUUUUAUAAUGUACAUCAAAAACUUCAGGAAAAAAGCUGAAUCCUUAUUUUCCAGUUUACACAUUAAUUUUGGGAACUGAAAUAAAUCCGCUUGUAUUAAAAGGUAAGCCGAUAGAAUUUCAUAUUUAUUUAUUUAUUUAUUUUUCAAACUUAUAUGCCGCCACUCCCCUAGGGCUCGGAGCGGCUUACAAGAACCGUCUAGUGCUAGGCCAUGCAUUUUAACAAUUAGAAUGUGCAUGAAAAUGUCCACCAAUGAAAUGGAGAUUAAUUUUUCCAAAAAAAAAAAAAGAGCUAUAUUUGUGGCAGCCAAUAGUCUCCUUCUUCCUUGUUGGGCAGCUGCAAUAUCCAGGAGCUCUCAAGGGAUUCUGUGAGCACCAGAUCCCAUGUGGUAUUAUAAGCCAAAGAGGGUCAGCUCUGGUUGGUUCUUAGAUGGGAGGCUGCUAGCAAACACCAGAUUCUGUAGAGUAGAUGAUGGGUCUUUGCCACAAGUAAAAGUGAAUCAAUAUGGAGGAGACUAUGUUUUCCCAGUUUGUUCCACAUUAAUUAAACAUCUGGAAAGAUCCGGACCUUAAGUUGAGGUACGGAUCUUCCAGGUGCUGGGCCUGUAGGGAUCAUAGAAUCAUAGAAUAGUAGAGUUGGAAGAGACCUCAUGGGCCAUCCAGUCCAACCCCCUGCCAAGAAGCAGGAAAUCUCAUUCAAACCACCACCGACAGAAGGCCAUCCAGCCUCUGCUUAAAAGCCUCCAAAGAAGGAGCUUCCACCACACUCCGGGGGAGAGAGUUCCACUGCCGAACAGCCCUCACAGUGAGGAAGUUCUUCCUGAUGUUUAGGUGGAAUCUCCUUUCCUGUAGUUUAAAGCCAUUGUUCCUCGUCCUAGUCUCCAGGGCAGCAGAAAACAAGCUUGCUUCCUCCUCCCUAUGACUUCCCCUCACAUAUUUAUACAUGGCUAUCAUGUCUCCUCUCAGCCUUCUCUUCUGCAGGCUAAACAUGCUCUUCAUAGGGCUCAUUCUCCAGACCCUUGAUCAUUUUAGAUGCCUUCCUCUAGGCACAUUCCAGCUUGUCAACAUCUCUGAAGUAUUCUGCGGAGGCUGCCUGGUCCUGUGUCUCUUUCUAUGGGUGACCUUCCAAGCCUGAGGGUUGUCCACAUUCGAAUAGAUCUCCCCAUAAAGUUCCUCAUCAUGCUGUUGGUGUGAUGCGGGUUGUGUAUCUAGAAUAACGUGUUGUGCAGUGUCCAAGAAGAGCUCGAGUUCCUGAAUGUCCUUAAGGGUCUUCGGCAGGCCUUCGGAGAUAGUCAUUAAUUAAUCAGCCCCAGUGGGUUUUUAAUACUUUAUCCUGUUUUUAUUACGGUCUUACCAUUUAUGUGUAUUAAAUGAAAUUUUUAUCUUGUAUUGUUGUUUAUAUUGAUAUAUUGUAUUAUUGUUUUAUCUUUUUAUAUUGCGAUUUAUUGUGUUGCUUAUAUUUUGUUCUUAUGUUGUUUGGGCCACUGCCCCAUGUAAGCCGCCCCGAGUCCCCGUGGGGAGAUGGUGGCGGGAUAUAAAUAAAGUUUUAUUAUUAUUAU